CCCCCGUUGCUGGAGGAGCUGGUGGAGGCUGCUUCCUACCUGCAGGUCACCCCCUUGCUCCGCUUGCUCCUCUCCCAGGUGAGGCUGGGCAACUGCUUCGAGCUGCACCGCCUGGCUCAGGUCUACGGUCUCCAGGACUUGCACGAUGCUUGUCUAGACUUCAUGGCCGCCCAUUACCAUCAGGUGCUGCGGAGGCCCGAUGCCCGGCCGCAUCUGCUCCUGCCUCAUGCUCUCCAACAGCACUUGAAGGAGAGGCGGAUGAGGGGCACCGCCACCCUCGUGGCCAUCGGGGACUUCAUGGGUGCCUCCUCCCUGGGCCUGCCUCCGGGUUGUCACCCUCAGGUGGAAGCCCCCUGGUCGAUGCUGAGGUAUGAUGAGGAAGCGCAGAGGUGGCUGCCCCUGGCCAACAACCUGCCCCCUGAUCUGGUGAACGUCCGAGGCUACGGGUCGGCGAUGCUGGACAACUACCUGUUCAUCGUCGGGGGCUACAGGAUCACCAGCCAGGAGAUUUCGGCUGCUCAUUGUUACAACCCUUGCCUGAACGAAUGGAGUCAGCUGGCUUCAAUGAACCAGAAGAGGUCCAAUUUUAAGCUUUUGGCUGUAAAUGGAAAGCUCUAUGCCAUCGGUGGUCAAUCCCUUUCCAACGUGGAGUGCUAUAACCCAGAACAUGACUGGUGGAAUUUCGUAGCAUCCAUGCCAAACCCUCUUGCAGAAUUCUCAGCUUGCGAAUGCAAGGGCAAGAUCUAUGUUAUCGGAGGAUACACUACACGAGAUAGGAAUAUGAACAUUUUGCAGUACUGUCCCACUUCUGAUUCCUGGACCAACUUUGAACUUUGUGAUGUCCAUGUUCGCAAACAACAGAUGCUCUCUGUUGAAGAAACUAUAUACCUGGUAGGGGGUUGUAUUCAUGAAUUUGGACCGAAUCAAAAAUCCAGCCAAAGUGAGGACGUGUUAACUGUGCAGUCUUACAACAUUGCUACCAAAGAAUGGCUCUACCUCAAAGAGAACACAUCAAAAUCGGGUCUUAACUUGACUUGCACUCUCCACAAUGAUGGAGUCUAUAUAUUGAGUAGGGAUAUUACUCUGUCUACAAACUUGGAGCACCGUGUUUUUCUUAAGUAUAAUAUAUUUACGGACAGUUGGGAGUCACUAAGACGCUUUCCAGCCUUUGGACAAAACAUGCUGAUCUGUUCUAUGUAUUUGCCUGAUGUGCAAGAAGCGUAA